AUGGCAAGCACCAGCACCUACAGCAAUAGUCCAACUACUUCAGCGAGGAAUUACGAGCCCACCAGAUGGGUAACGACGACUAGUCUGUCGACCAAUUUGACGAUCGAGAUUUGGCGCGAUCCAUUCCAGGGUAGCGGUGGGCUUGGUAUGAUUUCGUCCGCAAUGACGAGGCUUGCGCUCAUGCCUUCUGAAGUGGAUAAGAUCAUUAUUUCUCAAAACUCGCUAAAAACAUUCAUCAAUACUAUUAGUCCAGGUGCCUAUGCAUCUAUGACGAAGGUCAAUUUCAGAAUGUUGGACCAAUCCACCAUCAAACCUGUAGGCAUUUACGGCAGUAAGGAGGAGAUAUUGUACUUGAUCUUGGUUGUGCUGGUGGCACCUCACGACAGAUUCCAUUUUGUAGAGCUGGUCACCUGUUGUCUGAACCGAGUACUACGGAAGCUCAUCCGACGCUUCGCUCGGGGCUGUAUAUUCUUCGUUCAAGCACUGCAAAGCCUGACGGAUGCGAGCAAAUAUAUGUCGUCUACUGGCCUGAGCAAAAUACAUGGGACGACUCAGUACAAGUUCGCCGCAAUAGGGUACCUCACGCGGAUGUGUGAUCAGAUUGUCGCAUUGGUGUCUUCAGAACACGCUCGAAAAAUGGUGUGGAAUGAUGUCGGUGGAGAUCACCAGGAUGAGGACGGUGGAAUCGAUGGAGAUGACGGAGGUGACCGAAUCAUCAGGUGUGUCGUGCAAAAGACAACGGAGCAGGAGGAGUCGGUGCAAAUUCGUGAGGGAUUCAAGGUAACUUCGGAAUAUAUAUCCCAAGCGGAGCCAUCCGAAUGUGGAGAGCAGUGCUCUGUAAAGCCCUCUCUACUUUUGGGAGAGACAGCGCAGGGUACUCUGACUGUGCAACAUCGUCCGUCUAAACUCGUCACUGAACUUUUCAGGCCUCGUUCCAUCAGUGACAUUCAAUUAGAGGGCUACUUGUACGAAUGUGCCAAGUGGAAACACCAGUCUGCAGUGAUUCAACAGCGCUAUAAGAAGAUCCUUGAUAACAGAAUCCGGAACGCUAAAGACGAGUUGGCUAAAGCAGCUGAGAGCGUGACCAACGCCAUACGCAAUGCUGUUAUUGACGAUGUGGUGGCGUUGUACCCCUUCAUUGACAAGCAAGCAUUCCAGUAUACAGGCUCGGGUACUGAGGGUCCACCAGGUUCAUUCUCGCAAAUCAUAGACAUUUAUCCAAAAGCAAGCGAGGCUUUUCGGCUCAACACUCAGGCCUUACACGUAAUUUCGGAUCCCGAGUUCAGGGAUAUAAAGGACCGACUGUGCCUUCUUGUGCGGUUUAUGUCCCGCAAAAAAGAUGCAGAGGACAGCAAGCUCAAACCGAUCAAGGAUGCAAUCGUUGCUGGCGGUUUUCAGGAGGCGGAGAGAGUGAUUAAAGCUUCGUACGACAAGCCCCGAGGCACGUUCGCCCCAAUUCUUGGCUUCUUGGGAAGAGUCAAGAAUAGUAUUAUUACCCCACAAACCAACGCUCGCUCCAUAGAUAGUGUUCUCAAAGAAGCCCACGAAGCAGCUCUGAAGGUUACAGAUAGCGAGUUCUUUCGGAUCGUCGCGAAGAAAAAGCAAUUCCAGGACAGACAACAGUUAGCGGAGCUUGUUGAAAAUGCAAGACAGAAAGCGAAGUCGUACUUGGAACACACCGUCCCUCGUGUCAUCACGAAAGUUAUUUUGUCAAUCAAAGAGAUUCAGGAAGAAGACUGCCAUGCAAAAAUCACGGCCGAGUGCUCUUACCAAGAAGGCCAGGAGCGAGACGAGUAUAAAUUACAGUUGAUUCAACACAUCAACAACUCGUCCACUAAAGUACAGCGCAGAUACACCCUUCGAAUCGACUCCGUUCAAGAAGAAAAGAAGAGUUUGGUGAAGUCCAGGACAUUCAAGCUCUGGGGUUUGCGAGAAUCCGAGGAAGAUCCAGUAACGUGCUACACGGUUCAUCCCAUGAACGUGACGGAGGAGGAUAAACACAACCUGCAAUUAGACCCCUCCAGUAUCCCUUCGCCUCGCUUUCCGUUUCAACACCAAUUCGAGUUACCUCCAGGACAUACUAUCUUACGUGCACAAUUUCUUGAAGGAGAGAGACUGCUCUUAGUUGUCGCGGACCGGGUUGGGAGCAUAUUCGUGUAUCUCGAGACUCUCGCUGCCGUAUUUGGUGUCAUACAACGCAAGGGCCGUAAACUCCUCCUGAAGCGGGAGAAGAUUGGCCAAGAUGUCCACCUCGCCUUCGACGAGUCAAGGCGGAUGCUGGGCGUUGUUUCGUCAGACAAGUGUACAAGCAAGGAUGAUCGACGAAACCAUGUAUCGCAGCGUCUAUUGCAUGUAUUUGUAUACGAUGACGUGCGAGGAUUUCAAGCCCAAGGAAGCGCGAUUAAAUUGAGUGAAUGGUACGACGAAGGAGUACGCAUUCGUCAUGCCUGUUUUAUAUGCGGCAGCGAGGAAAUACUGCUGGUGGAUUCUCAAGCCCAGGCCAGGGUAUUCUCAUUGGUAACCAUGCAAUUCAGACCUGCUGUUCUUCACCUACCUCAAGUCCCAACCGGCGUGCAUUGCACACCCGAUGGGUCCUGCGUAUUGGUUAUUCAACCCCAGGAGUCUGGGCUAGCAAUAACUGCCUACCAUUUGAGUUCUUUCGGUUCAACGGAGGGCAUACCACUCAACAUCCCUGAUCUUGCUGUUGGUGAACCCCUCGUAGUCACUUCGCUUGUCAAACGCACAGCGGUUCAUUUACUAAAGCUCGAUUUAUCCUCUCGCUGCUGCCAGUCGUAUGCGCUCGACAUUACUCGACGGCAUACCGAAUUCGUGUUCCGCGAUCAGGUCAACCGCAAUUCUACAUCAGAGAAAGCACACGAAACCGCUCGUAACUGCCUCAUCGGCUGUCACUCGGAGGUGUGGACUCGCUUUCCCAUGAUUCACUCUUUCGAACGCACGGCAAGGAAACCUACUGGAAAUGCCCUCAAAUCGGUGAAGGUGUCCGCUGCCUCAUUCGACGUCUUUGCACAGGAGUUAUGCGAUGGUGCUACAUGGAACGUCUCACAGUAUCGAGCGGGCGAAUGGAUCGUUGAUUUCUUGUGUUUGAUUCCGAUCCACAUUGCGGUGACCAAGGACAAUCGCUUCAUCCCUCUAAAAGAUGGUGUAUAUUCGCCAAGGUUGGAGAGAGAAUUACUGGGAGCAGACAUUAACCGCAUCGUAGACAAUAUUUCUUUCGGAUGGUACGAAUCGCUCUUUCAGUCUUAUAUGGCAACGAAGGUAGCGUCCUUGUCUCCGACAAUGUUUCUAACUAACAAAGACCAGCCUGUCAGAGUGGUGUCGUCCAUGGGAGAACAAUCUGUUGGAAAGAGUUAUGCUCUGAAUCACCUCGUGGAUACUUCAUUUGCUGGCUCCGCGAUGCGGACGACGGAAGGCGUUUGGAUGUCAGUUACCCCAACAGAGAAAGAGCUAAUCGUAGCUCUGGACUUCGAAGGUGUUCAUAGUAUCGAACGGUCAGCGCAAGAAGACACGCUACUUGUGUUGUUCAACACUGCUAUCUCGAAUUUAGUCUUGUUUCGUAACAAUUUUGCACUCAGUCGCGAUAUUACAGGGUUGUUCCAAUCCUUCCAGUCUAGCGCUACUGUUCUAGAUCCAGCAGAAAACCCUUCGCUGUUUCAGUCAACUUUGGUAAUCAUCAUCAAGGAUGUCGUUGAAGCUGACAAGACAGAGAUAGGCAGAGAGUUCUCUCUGAGGUUCGGCAAGAUUGUCCAGGCAGAACAAGAUGCGAAUUUUAUCAGUCGUCUGCAUGCAGGUAGACUGACAAUCAUUCCUUGGCCUGUCAUCGAAUCCAACGAAUUCUACAAGCUAUUCACAGAGUUAAAAAAAUGUUUGGAUCAGCAACCAGUCACGCAUCCCGCCGCAGGCGAAUUCCUACACAAGAUGAAAGCGUUGAUGGCGAAACUCAAGGCCAAUGAUUGGGGAGCUAUGUCUCAAACCAUGGCAUCUCAUCGAGCCCAGCUUUUGCUAUCGAUGCUUCCGAAUGCAUUGAUGUAUGGCAUGCAAGAAAUCGAUCCCGACCUGGAACCUCUCAAGAAUAUCGACACCGAUACUCCUAUCCAAUUUCCCGAUACACAGUUGAGACUGUUCCUUGCUGCCGGAGGGUUAUCGCAAUCAGAGAGUCGCGAGAAAGUGCUUGCGGUCUUAUGCGAUUCUUGGGAUCGGAACGAAAUGCGUCAGCACCUUUCGGAUCCUGAAUGGGCAGGUGGUCUCUCCCAAUAUCUUGAACGGAUCGUCGACUUGCGUAUCGACCAUGUGCGUGAAUGGCUGACACAAAACCUGUCCCGUUUCCAGACGGGACAUGCUAGCAUCGAGGAGUUACGAAGAACAUUUGAGAAUGCUUCAGUCGAUCUGAGGAGCAACGUUCAACUCUGCAGAUUGCAAUGCGCGAGUUGCCAAUUGCUGUGCAUUCAGAGUCGCUUGCACGAUGGCCCACACAACUGCCGAACCGAUCACGCCUGCAUCCACCAAUGUGAUUUCUGCAAGGAAGGCACUGGCGAGAACAGAGCAUGCUCGAUGAUCGGUGGCCACGCAGGAAAGCAUAUUUGCGUCGUGAAUGCCCACCUGUGUGGGAAGCCUUGCAAGUCCACGGGCAAAUUUGGUUGUCUCAACCAGUGCACCAAAGUCGCCGAUCACCCGGACGAACACUUAUGUGCUGCUCUAGUUCAUGGAUGUGGAGAGCCUUGUGAUUUGUCUGGGAUCAAGCUCAUCGACAGAUCGACAUAUGCAUGCCCUGGGACCUGUCGCAUACCAAGCGACGUCGAUCAUACGCGUCAUCGUUGUGACACUCGCCUCUGCUCUAUUACUUGUCAGCUAUGCAAGCGGCUCUGUUCUCAUCAAGAUCAUAUGCACGGAUUGGAGGAGGGAGCAAUCCACCUCUGCGGCGAAGAGCAUUUUUGCACUGACGAGUGCUCUGUCCCCGGGAUAUGUGAAAUCGAGACGGCUCCAUAUUCCAUCGAAGCUACCUUCACAGGCAGACAUGAAACCUUUCAAUAUACGAAGUACUCUCAAGUUGCCAAACGGCUCAAAUGCGUCAAGUCAAUCCCACCUGGGCAAUUAAAGCAUACCGGUCAACACAAUCAUAGUCUUGAUAAGAAAGUUGUUCAUUUCUGCCAAAAUAAGUGCGAGAACUGUGGUUACUUCUGCACACUACCGCUUGGUCAUCCUCAACAAGAACAUGAGACACGCCACGGUUCCAUGUCCAGAACGCGGUGGGUUGUGGAUGAAUCUGAUGACGCUGCCGCCCUCGAAGUCGAAGGCCGAAAGUUUUCCACUAAUGACGAGGGUGCUCCCAUGAUGUGCAAUCUUGUGUGUCAGGCGAUAGGUCGCCACGUGCAUAUCGAUUACUGUCGUGCUGAUGACCCAGCUGCCUGCGCUGGACGCGACGAGAUUCAGCACAUUGCGAAGCGUAUACUACCCGAUCCUGACCGUCCCAAGGAUUACAUGACUCACAGUCUAUUCUGGAAAAAGAGCGGUUUCAAAGAUCCCUAUUCGAAGGAAGAGCAAGCCAAUUUCGCCAAAUGUGAUGCUAUGUGUAGUGGCCGGGAACAUGCUGGUGACGCUGGGACGCUUCCUCAACCGUCGUACUGUACGCUGGCAAUGUUCCAUCAACCCUCAGAUGCGCGCGGGGCUGCACCUGCUAUUGGAUACGUAUCCAAAGAUGGCCAUCACUUUACUUGUCAAAAUCCUGUUGUAAUGCAGCAUGCAUACCAUGUCAUAUUCGUUGCAGAUCGAUUCGGGGCCGUGCUAUCCUCGCUCUAUGGCUUCUGGUCUGCUCGUGCAGCCGCGGUCGGAUCUGGUGCUAGCGCAGCUCGCAGAGAUGCAUAUAGCGUUAUUUUGUUCAAUAGCAGAGUCGUUCCUGUGAUUGAAAACGACUUCACGAGCGAUCCCGAUCAGUUGCUUGAUGCUAUUUUGCCUUAUGAGGCGGACGGUGGAACCAACUUUACAGCAGCAAUUACUGGUGCGGCGAGUGUCAUGGAGAGAAACUGGAGCACAGAGAGGUCUCCCGUCGUUAUCUUUCUUUCGGACGGCGAGUGCCAGAUUGCAGACCAGACCAUGCAAGACUUGUGCCGUACUUCUAUCCGGCUUGGCAAAGCUGUCUCCUUUCAUGCCGUUUCGUUCGGUCGAGAUUUACAAUAUGCCCUGAAUUACCUGCUCCUUGACCGACUGAAUGCGCCCAGGAGUUCCCUGCGUAGAAUGGUGGAAAUCGCACGAGAAGCUCAGAACAAUGCACCCGGGGAUCCACUCACGCCCGCCGUUGUUACAAUCAUUUCUUCAUACUCCAACGCGGAAGAUACUGUACGCCAUUUGCUUGUGGCUGAUGUUCACAUCUUAUUAAUCUAUCUCAACCAUAAAUUAGGUCCAACUUGCCGAGACAUUCCUUGGGAUUGCGGAGUCAUUGCGGAAGCCGAGAGGAUCAUUGAUGCAACUAGAUAAUCGCCGUACUUGACGUUGUUCAAAACGAUGACUUAAAGUUCACGUUUUCAAAGUGUGUAGUAUGUAGUUACGUACCUGCCAGAUGUACUUGUAACACUUGAACAUGCUGAGGUUGGUCUGGUCACCAGACCGGUACCACUCAGUAACGAGGCAAGCCGGAGUGUGGGACAACAGUAACACCAGGUGCAACGCUUACCCAACAUAGACAGAGGACGGACACGCAUGUGCACAUGCAGAGACCACGACUAGCAAC